AUGAGCACUCUAGAGCCCCGCCCACCCUACUCGCAAGACGAGCUCGACAAACUUUAUCCUAAGGGCCUUGAACUGCGCCUCGUUCAGGUACUGCUUCGACAUGGUGAACGAGCCCCUGUCUCCGCCCGUUUUGGCAAUGCUGGCUUGCCACCGUACUGGCCGUAUUGCAAUGCCGCCCAACGUCUCCGCUCUGUCGCUAUGACCCCCCAAGAUGUGUCACAAUGGAACUCCCUACAAUGGAGGAGGAGGCUGGAAAGAUUUGGGAAUGAUGACGGUCCCGUAAUUGCUGCUGGGCCCGAAGGUGAAGUUGAUGGCAUAUGUCAACUGGGCGAACUCACCGACAAAGGAAGAGAAACCACCUACGAACUCGGCCGUCGUCUACGCAAUCUAUAUGUCGACCAGCUCAAGUUCAUGCCUCAGCUCAUCGCCAAUGCAGACCUGAUCUACCUGCGCGCCACACCUCUGCCUCGCGCGCUCGAAUCCGUCCAACAGGCUUUCUGGGGCAUGUACCCAUUGACCGCACGUACUGCCGCCUUCCCUCCCCCAACAAUCGUCACUCGGACCGUUGCAGACGAGACGCUGUUUCCUAAUGAUGGCAACUGCAGACGCUUUGCUCAACUUUCUCGUGCCUUUGCUCAGCGGACAGCCGACCGUUGGAACGACUCUGAUGACCUGGCAUACGUGACCAAGUUGAUCGGAAAGUGGAUGCCUGAAAACUCAGACAAGAAGGUUGCCGUCGACUCCCACCCGAGACUGUCAGGAGUAAUGGACACUGUCAAUGCGACAUUAGCCCACGGCCGGGAGACUCGGCUUCCCAGGGAGUUCUAUGAUGAGAAGUCCAGGGCAAUCAUUGAUCGCAUUGCCGUUGAGGAGUGGUUCUCUGGAUACAAUGAAAACCGCGAGUAUCGCAUGCUGGGGAUAGGGUCCCUGGUCGGUGAUGUCGUGGAACGCAUGACCUCCAAGAUCGAAGGCGCUGGCCUUUCCAUCACUGAAAUUGGUGGUGAGAAUGGCCGACUCGGCGAAGGUCGUGGUGGCGAGAAGGGUAUUCGUUUCGCCAUGUCAGGAUGCCACGAUACGACGCUGGCUGGUGUGUUGACUGGCCUCGGUGCUUUCCACGAUGAGAAAUGGCCUCCAUAUACCAGCCAUAUUGCGUUUGAGCUAUUCCGUCGACCUGAUCCAACUUCUGCCUCUGCAAAUUCAGAACCAGAUGCUGAUUUCAUCACCCAUACCGCCCCUUCAUCAACAGAACCCAAGGGCGAUCAAGCUGCUACCAAGCCAGGUGCGAUAGCAUCGUUCCUUGGUCUUCGUUCCCCGUCACCUAAUAAUCCCGAGGCCGCCUCCGAUGGGAAAUCUGCUCUCAGUGCCUCCCUGCAGCCCAAGGACCUCAUUUCUCGUGCUCUACAUCACACUCUCAGCGACUCCCAGAAAUCCCGACUAAAUCCCUAUUACGUGAGGGUUCGAUACAACGAUAAAGUCAUGAAGAUCCCAGCUUGUGCGAAGCCAGGCAACAACUACGAGGGUGAUGAGACAAUCUGCACAUUUGAAGCGUUCAAACGGGUUGCGGACAGCUUCGUACCCAAGAACUGGAAAUUCCAGUGUGGUGAGAACCUCGAUAAGCCAAUCGCUGGGUUGGAGGUCCCCGCACAGUGGUCCGGACAGAUUGACGAAGGAUUCUAA